AUUGUCAGUUAGAGAAAUUGCCCAUGAGGCCUCGGGACCGGUCUCGGGUGAUUGAUGCUGCCAAACAUGCGCACAAAUUUUGCAAUACAGAAGAUGAGGAGACUACUUAUCUUCGCAGGCCUGAGGGAAUCGAGCGUCAAUAUAGGAAGAAGUGUGCGAAGUGUGGCCUACCACUCUUUUACCAGUCCCAGCCGAAGAAUGCUCCUGUGACCUUCAUCGUGGAUGGAGCCGUAGUGAAAUUUGGCCAAGGCUUUGGAAAAACCAAUAUAUAUACUCAGAAGCAAGAGCCUCCUAAGAAGGUUAUGAUGACCAAACGCACUAAAGACAUGGGCAAGUUCAGCUCCGUCACUGUGUCUACCAUUGAUGAAGAAGAAGAAGAGAUAGAGGCUAGAGAAGUUGCUGACUCGUAUGCACAGAAUGCCAAAGUGAUCGAAAAACAGCUGGAGCGCAAAGGCAUGAGUAAGAGGCGACUACAAGAGCUGGCUGAAUUGGAAGCCAAGAAAGCAAAAAUGAAGGGGACACUGAUCGACAACCAGUUCAAAUAAUCCAGAUCUUUCUGAGUUCAAACUGGAGGCCAGCACUUAGAUCAAGACAAAAUCACUUCUUGAUUUCAUAGUCUAGUUUCUAAGUCCCAGGAAAAAAAUUUCUGGCCAUCCCAUUGACUUUUCCCACAGUGUUGUUCUUUUCUUUCAUUGAAGUCCUUGACUCCAUUUCACUUGCUUUCGGGGAGGUAGAUUGUUUUCAAAAUCUGUGCAUAAAUAAGUUGUUUGUCUUACUUGUCUUUGAGACACAUUCUUUGUUACAUACUGGAAGAUGGCCUUGAACUUGUGAUCUUCCUGUCUUAGCCUCUCCAGUGCUGUACUUACAAGAAUGCACCACCGUGCCUGGCUUCUGUACCAGUUCUCUUCAUGUGAAGUACACUUCUAUGAUAUAUUUAGGGCUAGAUAAGCCUCUAGUUUCUAAGGUAGAUGUUUUUUACUUCUUCAAAGCUAAUACAGUAUUUAAAGAUUUUUUAAAAAUAUAUGGUAUGGGGGAAAAGUUGCAGGAAUUAAAUUUAAAAUUAAUUCCUUUUCUUUCUUAAAAGGUGGAUCCGAAGACUGUCUCUGUUCUUUGAAUUGACUGUGGUUUGACACUUUCUCCUGUCAGUACAAACCAGUUAGAAACUGCAAUCUGCAGGAGUAUUUCUUUACUUAAAAUAGUAGAGUUAUAGGUGAGCCAUGCCAUAUCAAGCUUCAGAGUUAAAUAAGGAAAAGCCAUGUGUGUGGCUGGGGGUGUAGCUCGGUAGUGGAAUGCAUGCUUGGCAUGUCUGAGGACAUCCCCAGCACCAAAAAAAAAAAAAGAAAAAAAGAAAAAAGAAAAGAAAGAAAAAGAAAGCCAGAUUGCAGAUGCAGGGGUAGGAUAGCUCAGGUCUGAAUUAAAAUAUGGCCUUGCUAAGUAACCCAAAGGAGUUAGCCAGUCAUCUGGGAGAAUUCCUGUGUGAGUACACAGGAGGGGGCAUAGUGAGAGAAGAUUAUCUGUUGGGUGUCUUCCUCUACAUUUGCUGUUAAGUGUGUCACUACUUCAGUGACGUCAAUAUCCACGUGGUUCUUCCAUAUUCUUAUAUGUUUGCCUGUAUUGCAAGGCGUGAGGAAACAUGGAGCCCUCCUCGUGUUAUCUAUGACCAAUUGCACUUUUUAAGCACCCAAGGUUGUUUGUAAGGUGCUGCCGGGAAGUGAUUUUCUUUGCCUUUUUUUUUUUUUUUCUGAUUUCAUUACUUGCAGGGAAAAUUAGGUAGGGGAGUAGAGGUACAGUUGAGCUAGCAAAAACUGGGCCAAAGAGGACCGGGGAUCCUGGGAAUGUGCAGAGGAUUGCUGUUACUAUCUCCCCAGUUAUUCUGCAACCAGUAAGUAGGGUCUUUCUGUGGCUAAUUCUUCUUCACCUCAUUUGCUGUCCUAGUUGUGAGACAGAAUUUACAUUGUAUGAAUGACCACCUGUGUCCAGCAGACAAUGACCUCUACCUUUACUCCACUUUAUCCUCCAAUUCCUAUGUGCACAGCUUGGAUAUACCUACACCACCUCGGAAAUUCAGGCUUCUAGUCUCUGGCCACAGCUGCUGAUUAUUGCUAGUCUUACUUGCUUACUUCUUAUAGACCUUUUUAGGUGUGUUUAUAGAUUCAAGGGGCGCUUAUUUUCUUAGUAAUAAUGAAAAAUAAUAGUAAUAGCAACAUUAAUAAUCAUUGCUGUCCUGAGUACUUGGUGUGUGUCAGAUGCUAUGGAAAGCACUUUAGAGGUAUUAGCUCACUCUAACAAUACCUCCUCUGAGAUAAGUUAGCUGUUGUCAUCACCAUUUUCAAAUGAGUACUCCUGAAGUUCAGACUUCCCAAAAGAGCCACUAGCCAGGAAUUGGUAAAGUCAAAAAUCUGACUUUAAAACUCAAACUCUUUACUAUGCUGAACUGCUUCUCCUGUGGAAUAUAUAUAUAUAUAUUUAGAUCAGAACAUAAUUUCAUUUUGAAAAACCACAUGGAGUGCAAUGUAAAAAUAUUCAGCUAGAGAACCCCCUAAAGCAAUUCUGUGGUUAUUCUUCCACAUAUUUUCUGAAAUAUUUGCUCUUAGAUAAAUGCCAACCAUUUCAACAUCUGGCUCAAGUUACACAUUUUGCUUCCUCUAUAAGACUGUGAAACAUUAAGUCCUUAGUAUCAAGUGAGCGUGUACGUUUAUGUUUUAACUCUUAUUGAAAAUUAUUAAAACAAUAUGAUGUACAUUCUCUUAAUUUCUAGUGUUUUUAUAGCAAAUGUGUUUUAAUGUUAAUUUAAAAAAAGAGCCAUAUUGAAAUUUUGGAAAGUCAUACUCUUUUCUUUUUUUGCAAAUUAUUAACUGUGGCAAAAAUAGGAAAAUGUUGUGAAAUGUUCUCACUCUAAUAGUUGGUGACAUUUGUAAUUGUAACUGUCAUUUAAGACAAAUUGAUAAUCCUUUUUAAAGACUGACCUGUCUUGUUGAGGGUGCUGGCAUGUGCAUCUAGUUCUAUCACUUAGGAUCACUUUUGUUCAGGAGUUCAAGACCAACCUGGGCACCAUAGCAAGGAAGACUCAAAAUAUAAAAUGUAAAAUAAUGUAAACAACAGAAUGAAAUAAACUAAACCAGCUUGAUUUGAUCAUCUUAA